UUGCUUCUUUCAGUGGUUAAAGUUUUGUGUUUUUUCUUUUCUUUUGAUGGCUCAAGUUCUGCUCAUUUUACUUAUUGAUAUGCAUAAAAUGAUGUAUGCAGAGAUGAGUAAAUAAUUUUAGGCCACUUAGCUGACAUAGACCCCGGCUGCUUAAGAGUCUAAACUAGUGUCACCAUCAGUAGUGGAUAUGGAUGCCACCAGUUCCCGCCCGUGGGAAACGCAACUAGCCAAUGUCAAUGACUGCACAGCGUGUGAACGCCCUUGACGGUACCCUUCGUCAAGUCAAGUCGAGAUGGUUAAAUCGGUGCGUUGCGUGAGAGAAGGUGCACAAGCGUCUGUGACGAUACCGAUAAUUUAAAUUUGUGUGUGGCGCGCGAGAACAUCAUAUCUCAUGCGCUGUCGUCGUCAUCACCCAGCUCAGCUUGCCUCGCUCUCCCCCGACGAGGGAGACCAGUUAGCUAGCCUCCACCAGUUCGACUAGAAACCACCAGCCGGCCGGCGCAACGAGAGGGAGCCAUGGCAGAGCUUGCGGCAGGCGCCGUGAGCUCGCUGCUGGUCGUCAUCCGCAGCGAGGCGCUGCUGCUGCGCGGCGUCCGGGAUGACGUGCAAUUCAUCAAGGAGGAGAUGGAGAGCAUGAAGAGCUUUCUGGCGCACCUGGCCAGGUGGGCACCGCCCGGUGGCGAGCACGACGAGCAGGUGCGCACCUGGAUGAACCAGGUGUGGCUGCUCGCCCAGGACUGCAACAACUGCAUCGAUCUCUACCUCUACAGGGGGAACCCCGACAUCCACCGUGCCAGAGGUGGGCUCCGAGGCUACCUCUGGUGGGCGACCUGGUUCUUGCACAAGCUGGCUGCGCAGCACCGCGCCGCCGAGCAGCUGCGCCUGCUGAAAGAGCGGGCGCGUGACGUAGGCGAGCGGCGAUUGAGGUACGGCGUGGAGGUCCCGGACAAGUCCGAGAAGGGGCAAUUGGCUCUGACGGCAUCCUCGUCAUCGUGGGCUGCUGCAGCAGGUGGCUAUGCGGCCGGGGAUGACGAAGAAGAAGACGGUGACGGUCAACUCAUGGGGGCAAUGGCGACCAGCAGCCAUUCUGGUCCACGAGCCUUCACCGAGCCUCGCACUCUGGACGACUACGUCAGGGCAAAGCUAUGGGAGUGGUUCAAUGGAAUUCCAGGAGACGCUGGCGAAACUUUGUCCAUGGUCGUUGUGGCACCCUACACAUAUCAGGACCUCCUCGCUCUUGUAGAAAAAAUGUGGCUUUUCAGUCAAAACCCAAAUGGCGGCUACCAUCGCAUUGUCGUGGUUGACAUCCCGGCUGUGCACCAUGAGUUUGCGCCGCUACGAGCCAAGGAGGUUCUGCGCGAGCUCAAGCGUGCCAAAUCCAACCCCCAGGAGCAAGGCACAGAAGGCCAGGUGGAUCUUGACCCUUGGGAUGUUUACCUAAGAAGAUGGCAAAUUUACCAUGAAAAGAAGAGAGCUAUUGCUCUUCUUGACAUCGAGGAGAAUAUUGGCAAGAUGAAGAUUUAUGAAAAGCUUGACAAAAUCAAAAGUGAUACUCAAGGUCGACUAGCAAAGGGCGAUGGACUACCUAAGGGUGACAAGCUGCAGGGUGAUUUUGACCAGUUGGACUUGGACGUACUACUUCAGUUGCUGCUCCAGACAGCAUCUCCACAACAAGAUCAAAAAGGGAAGAGCAAAGACAUGCAUAGAUUACCAGCAUGGGAAAGCAACAACAUCAUCGUGAAGAAGCUUAAGGAGCAUAUGGAAGCAGAGGAAAAUGACAAGAAGAUUGAAGAGGAAGAGGAAGAAGCUGCCAAGCAUAUGGGGCUGGAAGAAGGAGAAGAAUCCGCGGCCAAGCAUAUGGAGGAGGGGGGAGGAGAAAUAACAAUACAUAAUGAGGAGGAAGAAGAAGGAGGAGAAACAGGCAAGCAUAUGGAGGAAGGAGGAGAAGUGACUGUACAUAGUGAGGAGGAAGAAGGAAGCGGAGAAGAAGGAGAAAUCAAAAGUCAGCAGACGGCAUGGAUUCAGCUCGAUGAGGCACAAUAUGCACACAUCCUGCGGAAGCUGUUCCCCAAGAGCAGCAGCAGCAGCAACAACAGGUCCCUGCAGGCUCAAGACAGAUCCUUGGACAAGCAAGCUGCAAAGACCACAACGGCUACACUAGGUGAGGAUCAAGUCAAAAAACUCAUCCAUGACGCAAAGGAAGACAUCCUGCGGGAGCUGCAGCAAGGCAAAUAUGACAAAAGUGAAGGAGCAGGUGAUCCUGGUGCUCCGGAUCAAAACCCAGAAAUUGUUUCUGAAAAUAUAUUUGCCUCUUUUGUGGAUCAGAUGAUGGAUAAAAUGAAGCAUGAGUUCAAAGAGCAGCUCAAGAUCAAGGGGCUCGUGGAAGAGAUUAAACAUAACUUGGAUUAUCAUCCGUUCCGGAAUAAUUAUGAAUGCCCCCUGUUUAUGCUCGAAGUUGAUGAGCUGAUGGAUAUUUCCACAUGUGAGGAUAUCAGAAAUUCUUUGAGCCUGUUAAACUGCAGUGCCGAUUUAAUGAUCGUAACCGCUGCAAAGGACAUCCAGCAAGCUAAAGAAUAUUGCUAUCCACAGGCUGAACCUAUAGACUAUUCUCUUGCUGGCCUCUACCAUGAUACAGUGCUCGAGCUUACUAGUCAGCAGAAGAAUGAAGACAGCUACAACCCCCAAAUUUUUCAUGAUAUCUUGUACGAGUGUGAGCCACAUGAAUUCUGCAUGAAGGUCUUCACUCAUGCUUUGUAUGCUAACCCCAAGAGGAGUGGUGAGGAGUUACACAAGCUGCACAGCACCUUGCAGGCUUUGCCAACAGCAUCAUUCAACAGCAUCGCUAAGGUGAUGGUCAAGUUCUCUUACAAUGACCUGCCUAAAGAAUACAAGUCAUGCUUGCUGUACCUAGCUAUCUUCUCUCCCGGACAAAAGAUCAGUCGGUCAACCUUGAUUGCACGGUGGGUGGCGGAAGGGCUGACAUCCAAGGAAGACUGGCCUAGUUCUAUGCGUCAGGCCAACCGAUGUUUUGACACACUCAUUGGCCGGUGCCUUGUUUAUCCUGCUGAUAUUGGUACCACAGGAAAUGUAAAGAGCUGCAUCGUUGGUGAUCCGGUUCAUGGAUUCAUUACUGCAAUCGCCAGAAAACAACACAUUGUGGAGACACGACUGUCACAUCACUUGGCUCGCCACUUCUCCAUUUUCAACGAUCUCCAACUCCGGAGCUCUGAUAGAAUUGAUAAAUUCUUCCAGGGGCUCUAUAAAUCAUCUCAAGUGUCCCUGCUCAAGGUGCUAGAUCUAGAAGGGUGUCAGUGCUUUGCUGGGAAGAACCAGAGGUACCUCAAGGAUAUCUGCAGCAAGAUGUUACUGCUCAAGUAUCUGAGCCUGAGGAGAACAGAUAUUACCCAGCUACCCAAUGAAAUCAACAACCUCCGUGAGCUAGAGGUAUUGGAUAUCCGACAAACUGAGAUACCUCAACAUGCAACAGCAAAUAUCCUGCUCUUGAAGCUGAAGCGUCUGCUUGCUGGUCACAUUGAUCCAAGCAAUUUUGGCUAUAGUGGCCGGAUUCCUCAUAGGAUCGAGAAAAUGGUAAACAUGGAGGUACUAUCCAAUGUCAAGGCCCAGCACAGUCAUGAUUUAAAAGAUAUUGGAAAGCUAUGGCAGCUGAGGAAGCUAGGUGUGGUUAUCGAUGAUAAGGAUAAGCACCUCAAGAAUUUGCUUCAGACGAUCAGUGACCUACAUGAGUGCCUCCGUUCUCUGUCAAUCACUACUAUUCCCGUCGCCACACCAUGCGAGGCAGAGUUACCAGUUGUCAAGAACCAUCCCAAGAUUCUAGAGUCUCUAACUAUCAAGGGAACCACACAGAAUGGGCGUCUUCUUCCAUUGUUCAUAAAAAGUGACAACAACAAACUUGCCAAGAUAACUCUAGGUCACACUCUGCUGAGCCAAGAUGAUCUGAAAGUCCUUGCCAAGCUGCCCAAGUUACGGUGUGUCAGGCUCCAACACAUUGCAUGCACCGAGCACAUGCUGAACUUCAAGGACGGUGAAUUCAGAUGCCUCAAGUACCUUGUUGUUGAGGGCUCAGACUUGACUAAUAUCAUUUUUGAGGAUGGUGCAGCCAGUGAGCUAGAGAAGAUGGUUUUGUCUAUCACCAGCAUAUGUUCUAUUUCUGGAGUUGAGUAUCUUGCUAAAUUGAAAGAGCUCGAGUUGAACAGCAGCUUCUGCAGCAGUUUGCUGUCAUCAUUUGACAAAGCCAAACAUAUAGCAAAGCUGACUCUGCGUGGUACAUUGCUAGAGCAAGCUGCUCUACAACUGCUCACCAAGAAACCAAAUAUACGCUGUCUGAUGCUCUUGGAGAACUCUUUUAGUGGAACAGAGAAUGAGAUUACAUUAGAAAAAGAUGAGUUCUUAUGGCUCAACCUCCUUGUUGUUGACUGCUCCGCCAUCGCCAAGAUUGUCUUCAACAGCGGGUCUGCUUCUAGGCUCGAGAAGAUUGUCUGGUCAUCUUCCACAUCUCUCUCCGGCAUCGACAAACUUCCCAAAUUGAAGGAGCUCGAGUUCAAGGGUGACCAAGUCCCUCCUGAGGUGAGAGAGGCCAUUGAAAACCAUAAAAACAAACCUAGUCUUAAACUCAAUGGACCAGAAAGUCAAGACUAAGCAAAAAGGAGAUUCUUUAUUUAUAAAGCAGGGCGAAAGCCUUUUUCGGAAAGCAAAAAGAAGAUGAAGAAGAGGAUGACGACAAUGCUGCAACAUUCUCUUUCUGCUGGAAGAAACAGGUUUGACACUGGAAGGGCCUCCCAUUGAUCGCAUGGUGUGGUUUGCGUGUCCUAGUGUGGAUUGCAAUCUGUUCUUCUUGUCUGUUGAUUUUUUUUCUGCUGCGUGUUUAUGUUCUGCGUGCAUUACAACUUAAGUAUGUCCGUUUAAUUGCUCUACAUGAGUGCCUAGUGGCUCCGAUUGAGCAUAAACGGUUGUAUCUAUGCUUGGAUUUGAAUUUGUGUGGCUUUCCUCUGUAUCAAACAUUGUAUGCAUUUGUGUACAGUAUCAUGUAAUAAAGUGUGAUGAUUGUGGACACAUUUGACUUCUUAUUAAUGUACAGUGUGAUAUCAGUAUGCUUUGAU